AUGUUGCACAAUUUGAAUCGCAAGUUGAAUCACAAUAAUAGGUAGCGUUAUUAUAAUAUAAACCUGUUGCACAAGUCAAACAAUGAAUUGUUGUUGUUGAACAAGUUGCACAUUUUGAAUCGCAAGAAGUUUAACAUUAAUUAUUAGACAAAUUUAAAUAGAGCCCUGAGUUGCAUGUUAAACAAUUCGUUGUUGUUACUUAACAAGUAGCACAGUUUGCAUCACAAUUAGAUUAACAUUGAUUAUUCGAUAAAUUUAAAUACAUUAAGUCAUAGCAAGAAAGACAAUUAACAGCUGUUAUUUCACAUGUUUAACAAUUCGAAUUACAAAUUAUAUAACAAAUUGUGCUGGUUCCUCUUAAUUCCCAGCCAUCAUGACAUGAUAAACAAUGAGUUGUUUAAGUUUGACAAGUUGCACAGUUGGAAUCGCAAGUUGAUUGACAUUAAUUAUUUGAUGUAUUUAAAUAUAAUCCUACAUCACAAGUUAGACAAUUUGUAGUUGUAGUCAAACAGGUAAGGCAAUUUGAGUCACAGCUAGAUUGACAAAUUUUUGAAGUUUGGUUCAAAUACAUGCCAAUAUUACAAGUCAAACAAUUAGUUGUAGUUGUUUGGCAUGUUGCACAAUUAGAAUCACAUGUAUUUUAACAUUAUUAUGUUGAUUAAUUCAAAUACUUCCCAGCACUGCAUGUUAAACAAUUUGUUGUGACUGUUUAGCACGUUAAACAAUUAACAUCACAUGUGGACUGACAAACAUUCGAAGUUUGAUUUAAAUAUUUUCCAACAUUACAAGUUAAACAAUGAGUUGUUUAAGUUUGACAAGUUGCACAGUUGGAAUCACAAGUUGAUUGACAUUAAUUAUUUGAUGUAUUUAAAUAUAAACCUACAUCACAAGUUAGACAAUUUGUAGUUGUAGUCAAGCAGGUAAGGCAAUUUGAGUCACAGCUAGAUUGACAAACUUUUGAAGUUUGGUUUAAAUACAUGCCAGUAUUGCAAGUCAAACAAUUAGUUGUAGUUGUUUGGCAUGUUGCACAAUUAGAAUCACAUGUAUUUUAACAUUAUUAUGUUGAUUAAUUCAAAUACUUCCCAGCACUGCAUGUUAAACAAUUUGUUGUGA